AUGGCGGAAGACGGGAUGGAAGUCAGAGGGUCGUCAUUCUUGGGACAUAUCGUGGUUGCCAAGACGAUUGCCAUGUUCGUCCUGGGCGUCGGUUCGUUCGUUCUGGGUGUGUUACCCAUGAAAUUCAUUACCAAAAAAUGGUGGUACCCGAACGGUGAACCACCGCGACAAACCGGCGGCCACUCGCACCCCGGGGACUCAGCCACCGAUUUUUCACCACUAGUCUCACGGCUGUUGUGCUUCGGUGGCGGCGUGUUGCUAUUCACCACUCUCUUACACCUGCAACCAGAAGUCCGGGAAGCUGUCACACAGUUACAACACGACGGUCAGCUAUUUGAUUUCCACGGUUUUGAGAACCUGGGAGACCUAAUUUUCUGCUCCGGGUUCUUUCUUGUAUUUAUUAUCGACCAAGUAGUGCACACCGUGCUGGACAGCUGGUACGAGGACAAUGAACCUAGCGAAGAGGUACUGCAUCGAUCGAUGAGCCUGAGGCGGCGUACUCCAUCGUCGAGACCACCCACUUUGCAGACACCUACUGAACCACCGGCCACUUCCGUUGUCAAGGAACAUAUGAACGAGUCAAGUGAGGAACGGUACCGACCAAUUUUCCAGGAAAUUCCACCUCCCAGCAGGUCAGGGGAAGAACGACGGCAGGUGAUGUGUGACGGUGCUGAUGCUGAAAGACAGGCUUCGAGGAACGUGAGAAGACCAGCUGGACAGUCGUUUCGAGGCCUGUUUGCCGUUAUGGCCCUAUCGUUUCACGAGGUGUUUGAAGGCAUGGCCAUUGGGUUGGAAGAGCGCGUCGACCACACGUGGUAUCUGUUCUUUGCCGUGGCCACACACAAACUAAUCAUCGCCUUUUGCAUCGGCUUGGAACUGGCCUGGUUGGAGACCAAGAGGGCCAUUAUCAUCACUUACGUAGCCACGUUUGCUUUUGUCACGCCAGUGGGCAUCGCUAUUGGCAUGUUACUAGUACACUUCGGCGAUGAUGGAACUAUGGAUGGGUCUCCCGGAGUGUUGGCUGUCGUUCUCCAGGGGCUGGCCGCCGGCACUCUCUUGUAUGUCGUGUUCUUCGAGGUGCUCGCCCGACACAAACAGUCGGGAUUCUCGAACCUCAUGGCCAUAAUCCUUGGAUUUUGCGUUAUGCUGGUGCUGCAGAUGAUAAGUCAUAACCACAGUCAUAACCACAGCCAUAGCCAUAGCCACGGCACAGAUGACAACUUUCAGCAUUUUGAUCAUGGACAUGUAUUACAUGAACACGCACAUCACGACCACCAUGAUUCACAUGAUGGCCACGAUCAUGAUCAUUAA